AUGCUGGAAGAGUGGAUCCGGAUGUUUGACAAGAUCUUUGAAGUUGUGGACUGCCCGGAGGAUCGCCAAGUAGAGUUGGCUACGUUCUACCUUAGGCAACAAGCGGACUUGUGGUGCAUGUUUGAAAGACCCGCUUGUAGACAAGAUCCGGAGUUUGGUUGGGAAAGCUUAAAGGAUAAGCUACUUGAGCGGUUCUAUCCUGCUCAUGUCAAGGUGGAAAAGUACGAGGAGUUUCUCCACCUUAAGCAAGUAUCCAUAUCGGUAAUGGAGUACCAUAAGAAGUUUUUGGAGUUAGCCCGUUUCGCCUCAGUUUUGGUACCUAUCGGGGAGAGUAAAGUUGAGAAGUUUGUGGCCGGACUCAACUUCGAAGCUCGGAAAGCCUUGACUGUGUCAAAGCCCAAGACUCUCAAUAAGGCCUACCUUUGUGCAAUCGACCUCUACCGGGUGCAGCAUGUUCAGAAAGGAAUCCAGGAGACCCGUAUGAGGAGUUUUGAAACAAGUGUUGCGCCUGUGGUUAUGAGUUUGUCAUUUACCGGUGCUGAACCAUCUUGA